AUGAACUUCUCUGGCCUCUCUUUCUCGGCGCGUCAGCACGACGCGCCGUCGAAUUCCCCUUCGCGCUCCAAGUUCGCCUCCAGCGAAAACCCUAAGGUGGCUCUGGCCGGUUUCGCAGACUUGGAGGUCACGCCUAACCCCAACGGCGCCAUGACCGCCAACCUCGACUCCUUGAACCUCGGGUUCACCACGCCAACGAAGCGUGGCGCUCCCUCUCCCAGGUCAAAGUCGACUUCCAAGAAGAACGCACCAAAGUUCGCGGCCAUGUCCCUCGGUGACAACGAGCCCUCAAAAAGCACACCUACGACGCCAAAGAGGGCGAAGACGACGUCGCCUAAGAAGCGCGUCAACCUAUCUGGUGGAUUCUCCGUCAUGUCUCUCGCCCGGGAUAGGGCCUCGCCCAAGAAGACGCCCUCGCCCAAGAAGACGCCCUCGCCCAAGAAGCUCCAACUCGAGGACGCAAGCUUCAUGUCGGUUAACGACUCGACACCAAAGUCUGCAUGCGACCUGUCACCGAGCAAGCUCAGCCCGACCAAGUCGUGUUUUCGAACGAGCAAGACGCCCUCACCGAAGAAGGUGUCUUUCGCCGACGAAGCAUCCUUCCAAUUCGCUACCGCGUCGACACCGAAGCUGUCACGCGACCCUUCACCCCAGGCCUCGCCCUCGAUGUUAGAGACUUCAGAGUUCUCGCUCAUGUCGACCACAUCCCCUGCCGCGUUACAGGCUUCACAGGACCCGUCGCCCGCGUCGAUCGCGAGCAGACUUGACGAGGAGGAGUACGACGACGAGCAGACGGUUUCGCUGGUGGAAACUCCCUCAAGAGCGCCGAUUUUCAAGCUGCAAGUGGAAGACACACCUGCGAAGGUUUCCGAGAUAAGCGCAUUCACGCCCUCCAAGGCCUCCGACGCUGGCAGCAUUUUCCAGUCGCCCUCCAAGAUCGAUAUCUCAAUGCAUGACGUUACGUGGAUGUCCGACUACGCGCCCACGACUGGUUUCCAGACGUAUACCUUCGCGACUGUCGAUCUUACCGACGCUGCUCGCGCGCUCAGUGGACCCUUCCAGCCCGAGCUGUUCGAGAAGACUGACUACAACACCACCCUCUCACGACCCUGGUCAUUCCCGUCGUCGCGUCUCCAGCAGAAGCAGGCUCGCGCCGUCAACAGGAAGAAGCGCCAGCGCCGCACGAAGCAGGAGGCCAAGAUGUUGAUGGUGGAGAAGUCGAUUCUCGAACAGGUCGCAGAGUCUCUCACUCUGGACGAACUCGACGCUGCGCCUGAAUUCCGGGUUAUUGCUCAGAUUGGCAAAAAGUCGUAUGUGAUCGGCUCUCGCAAGAGACAGAGAAAUGAGGAGGACCUGGGCAACGACGUCGCCUCGUGGUAUGACAUCGAGGAAGGUCUUGGCCUGGGACUCAUCAUCGACGCUCAGCGCGAGGUUCGCAACCAGCUUUUCCACCUCCCAAUGGGCCCAACCGUUGGUGAAAUUCGCAAACAGUACCUCGCGGAUAUGAAGAGGCACGGCGAGCCUAUGGUACCCGUUUGUUCGAAGCGCAGCUACAAGGGGACGCCCAAGCGCGCGUACAGUAAUGAUCUACUCACGCAUAUGGUGAUCCAGCAACUGCUCGAGUUCCCCCAGCCCGAGCUCUCCUAUGAAUUUGUUCUCGAGCAUCUUAUCGCGGAAUCAGACAAGGCCCAGGGCCGGAGAACACGACGCGCACGAAACGUUCGACAGCUUAUUGCCGCCUACGGCGAACCCGAAGUCUCGAUCAUUGAGGAGGAUGAGGAGCCUCAGAGCCCGACGCCGAAGUUGCCUCACUUCCCUUCGACGGCUACGCACCAUUCGAGCGCCAGUCGCAAGCUGAGGCUGGUCCAAGGCGCCGACAACCUACGCGCUAGAAUCCAAAGCCUUGCCUCUAUUCCCGAGCCUCCCUCGCCCUCUCCCGCUCCUGCAGAGCCGCUUUCUUCGCCCAUUGGUCCCGGUUUCACUUUCCAAUGCCCCUCAUUCAUGUCUUCCCCUAGCGCUUCUAAGACCAGCGAGAAGGACGAGGCCGAAUUUGCCGAGGAGGUCGAGGAAGAACAGCAGCCUGAGCCGGCAGCCGAGCCCGAAGUCGCCGCAAGCCCCGCCGUCGCUAGCCCGGUCGUUGUGUUUAAGGAUCGCACGCCCGCCAAGACGGCCUUCAAGAACAAGCGCCGCUCUCUUCCAGCCUUCGCUAUCGCACCCCUCUCCUUCUCCUCGCCCGCCCGCCGCGCAUCUCUCCAAUUUGUCGCCGGUUCCGACCUGCACUCGUCGGUGCAGGAUCUUUCCCAGGAUCCAGCAUCCGACUCGCAGGUGGUUGCUCCCACUUCGGUCGUUGAGCUCAGUGAGUCACAGGUGCAGAAUCCCGUUACGGUUGAUUCAGCAUCUUCUCGCUCGGAGCCGGAGGCUUCGCCCGCACCCGCUGUUGAGGAGUCACCCAAAGCUGGAAGCUCGUCCCCCGCUUCAGUCGUGGUUGACGUGAGAGAGAACAUGGACAUCUUCGGAUCGUCGCAGGAGAGAACUGGCUCACCCAUUCACGCCCUGGCUUCCCUUGCCCGUGUGUUCGAAGAGAACAAGGAAGUGAAGGACGCCAAGGUUGUUGUUGAGAGGUUGGGUGGACGGUUGAUUGUUCGAUUUAAGGUACCGGAUGAGCAUGCUGCCUUGUUCACGGAGGAGGUUGCCGCUGCCCCUUCGCCUUCUCCCGUCGCCGCCGAUUCGCCCAUCGACGAGUCUGCUGCACCAAUCUCCCCCAACGUUUUGCCGGCUUCACCCUCGCCAGUCCCCAUUAUCUCCAUCCAGCAGAAUACCCCGGAGAAGAACGGUGAAGAGAAGGACCUUGAAGAAGAGGAGGAAGACGACGACGUAUUGCAAGUGCCCACCGAGGCCGAAGAGACUCUUGUCGCAGAGACCGCUGAGGUAGAGGUGGAGGACGAUUCCGAAUUGGCGUUGCUUAGGAGCUUCGUCUCUCGGCACGCUGCCUCUCGCGCUGCCCGUGCCGCCGAAGCCACCGCCCCAGCUGCCACUGCUCCCGUUGUUGUGUCGCCCAUGCCGAGCGCCCCGAUUCUGCUGUCCGCCACUCCCGAGCGCCGUCCCCAGGGUAUUUGGGCCGACACCCCCUCAUUCUCCGUUGAGCGCCCGCGCACCAUCGCCUCGCCUGCCCCCUCCUCGACCCGUCAGCCUCUUGGCGUGCUCGACGCUAACAGCCCGAGCCCCAAGAAGGUCAAGCGAAAGGCUGACAACGUCGAGGAACGGGAGCCGUCGCCUGAGAAGCCCGCUUCCAAGAAGCCGCGCAAGGCCAAGGCCGACAAGAAUACGCCCGGCAGGCCCGAAAAGGACGACCGUGAGGACGAUAAGGGGAUUGUGAACGUGACACCAGUCCUGGAAGCAGACCCCGACGGUGCCCCUCCCGCUAACGGUCCCCUUCCCGGUGUUCGUACUCGCGCCCAGCGUGCUGCCGCCCGCGGUGAGACGCCCGCUGCGACGAGAAUCCCCAUGCGCCACCAGGUCGCCAAGGUCAGGAAUGGUGAGAAGGACCUCGCGACCCUCACCCGCCAGAAUACGAAGAACAACAAGGGAGGCGCGAUCCCGGCGGACGAGAUGCUCGAGAAGCUUAAGAACGCUGCCCCGACCGUCGAGACCCGCGCCGCUGCCGCUGCCAAGAAGGACGGGAAGAAUGUUUCGUGGGCUGAGCAGCUGGCUAGGAGCCAGAGCGAGGAACCCCCCCUGCUCUCCCCGUCGCCGGAGCUCAGCCAGGAGGAGGAGAAGGAGGUGGGCAAGACUACGCGGGUGAAGAGGGCGGCUACGCCGAAGAAGCCAGCGAAGAGUACGACGAAGACUGCCCCUGUCGCCCCUGCUACCCCGGCUGCCGCGGCUAAGAAGCCCGCAGCAACUACGAAGAUCGCCAAGGCGGCGGCGCCAUCAAAGCUCCGUCAACCUGGCACCCCGGCGGCUGCUGCGGGCCCCAAGACGGAGGGGGCCAAGGUCACCAAGACGACGAAGAAGGUGACUGCGGCGGCCAAGAAGGAGGUUGUCGGGGCUGUGAACGGAACCCCCGCGAAGAGAAGCAGAAGAAUCGCGGAGAAGAAGUAA